AUGGCCGAGCUGAUCCUCUCAGCCGUUGGUGUCGGCAUCGCCAUCCCGGAGUUCGCCAAGACUGUCACCAAGAGCCUCGACUACCUCGCCGACAUGGGAAGAAAGUACAAAAAUGCCCCAAAGAUAGUGCAAGAGAUUUCUGUUUUUGCGAGAGACCUUGGUCAGGGCAAGUUGACUCUCGAUGUGAGCCUUGCCGAGUGGGCAAGCCGGCUCGAGGAUCUGAACCCAAAGUUCAAGGACAGCUUGCACGAUUACCUACAGCGACUUCAGGAAAGUGUGGUUGAGACUUCGGCAGCUAUCGAGAGACUUUACGAUAAAGAUGGGUCGCUGAAGAGGUUCUACUUCUCGACUAUUGGGGAGAGGAGAAUUACGAGGGCGGCAAAGAAGUUUCAUCGCUGGCAAGAGGAUUUCGUGCAAUUGAUUGAGUUGAUUGAGAAGGAAAAGAGUCUCACUCACAGAGAUCUUUUGCUUUCAAGCGACCAGCUCAUGAUUUUCAGCAAAGGCGAUGGCGAACACUUGUCACCAGUUCCCGACUCGCGCCGUCUUUUUGUGGCGAAGGGAGAGUACAAAAGCCAUGGCGGCGGCAUCAACACCAUCGAUAUUCUCGUUGAAAGACGGCCUUUGCCUAUCGAUGAGAUUUCGGUCGCCCGCGUGGCCUCGAGACUCAGCAGAGCCAAAUGCGACAGGGGAAUUUUGGCAUGUAUCGGUUACCGACAAAAGAAUGGCAUUGAGCUGCUCUUCCGGAUCCCUUCUUAUCUUCACAAUCCUCGACCGUUGAAUCAGAUCAUAGGCACUACUGAUAACGGGGAGAGAAUUCCAUGUUCUCUAGAGAGCAGGCUAGAGUUGUGUCAUGAGCUCUGCCGUGCUACCCUCUCUGUUCAUACGUCUAACUUUGUUCAUAAGAACAUUCGACCCGAAAACAUCCUUCUCUUCCGAAACAGCAACAGCACCCAGACUGCGAAUGGGUUUGGUUGCGAAGAGCUGGGGGUGCCGUUUCUCACAGACUGGUACAUGCUUCGCUCCUUUGAUGACCUCUCAAGCCGACGGGGCGUCAACGAUUGGGUUGAGAAUAUCUAUCGACACCCCCAACGACAAAGUCUUGAGCCCCAGGCUCGAUAUAACCUUGGGCACGAUAUAUAUAGUCUUGGAGUCACUCUUCUAGAGAUAUCUCUGUGGGAAUCCUUUGUCAGCUCCAAAGACCCCCCGGCAAUAUCCCGACGCUACAGAGAAACCGCGGUGGAAGUCGGGGGUUUCACAUCAAGCAGCAUGGAUCCAGCCAGAUUGUUUAGAAAACUGACUGCUGCGGCCCUUGCCCAAAGAGUCAUGGUCAAACUGGCGAGAGAGGAAGUUCCAUCAAGGAUGGGCACUUCGUUGUGUCAUCUCAUCGUGGCUUGUCUGACUUGCUUGGAAGGGGGAAUGGGUGAGGGGAAUAAUUUUGAGGACAACCCGAAUGAUGCGGCGUUGGGGUUCCAUGAGCUUAAUUGCAUGGAGCCGGCAUGGGUAAUUGACAAGGCGAUUUUCUUUUUCGAGCGAGCAUGUCGAAGCAUAUUGUUUAUUAUCGCGAAAUAUGUUAUCCAUGGCUGUCUUUCGGUUUCUACAAUGUAUUCUGACACUCAUCCGGCUAUGCAGCGCAACAUGUCGUCACCGGAUUCGCCAUCUCAAGAGACUUCACUGUACGACAAUCUUCCGAUGCACGGCCGCCAAAUUCGACUAAUCGAAACCACUUCUACAAACCCCGAAAUUGUCUGCAAACUCGAAGUUGUUAGCCUUGAAGAUGGGCCGGCAUACAGCGCCUUGUCCUACGUCUGGGGCGACCCUGAAAUCACCAGAAGCGUACUCGUCAACGGAAAACGGGUCAAUGUGGCGAUAAAUCUGGCAUCAGCAUUAGAGCAUGCUCCCAAGCACCUGGAGGAUGCCAAUGUGGCUCCUAGGCUUUGGGCAGACGCGCUCUGUAUCAAUCAGGGUGACCCGAAUGAGAAGAACCAUCAAGUUCCUUUUAUGAAGGAUAUUUACUCGCAAGCGGAAAUUGUCAUUUGCUGGCUGGGAGCGCCGGAUGAUAAGAUCCAUUGCGCUAUGGACUGGGUUGACGUGAUAGCUCGAGAAUGCUCGUUCACGGAUGAUGAUGAGAAUCUCCAAGAUGCUUUUCACAAUAUCAGUCUAAAGAAAGAUCCUGAAAGGGCUGGGGAUGUUGCUCAUGAGGUUCCCAACGAGGCGACCACUAUGGACAGCCCCGGUGCGACUGAUACUCUUGCAUCAUAUCAAGAGAGUCUUCAAAGGUUUCGCAAAAGACCUGUUCCAAUGACAGAAGGCUUGAAUUUGGCGUGGCUCGGCAGAUACCCUUCAUUUUAUGAAAAAGUCUAUGAGAGCGAAGGCGGUAUACAGGAACUCAUGCGCAUAUUCGGCAUACCGUAUUGGACUCGUGUAUGGGUAUUUCAAGAGGUGGCUCUUGCGAAGAGACCCCUUUUUGCUUGCGGAACCCGUUCUCUAUCCUUGGCCUCUCUCCAACAUCUCGCGCGCUGGACCAUGUUGCUAGGAUAUUACCCGGUCAUUGUCAGGCCCCUGUUCAUGCAUCCGGUGCAAUGGAAACUUGUCAGGUUUAUCUGUCGUCGUAUCUACCAGAUGCUUGAGUCCAGGCUUGAAGCACGACCCGCUGUAGGUCACCCUACAUGGUCAUGCUUGAAAGCCAGGGAUGCACAUAUUAUGCCAGAACCGCACUGGAGUCUAGCUUGUGACUUAGAGGCAAGUAAUCCGAAGGACUACUUUUAUGGGUUUCUGAGUCUGAGUUGCCUGAGACUCGUGCCAGACUAUAGCCCCAGUACGUCUGUCGGGAUGGUGUGUGGUGACUUCAUGGCCGAGUAUAUCAGGGCCUCCCGAGAAGGCUUAUUCGGCAUGACAUCUGGUGACCUGGAUAUUCUUGUCUUUGCUGGGGUAGGCCACGGGUGGCAGGAAUACCCCGGGACGCCCUCUUGGGCCCCUAAUCUUCCGGGAAUGAAGAGGAAGGAUGGGAAGGGUUGUCCAAUCGGCUCAUUCCGUCCCAUCAACUUCGAUCAUUUGUUUCUUCCAUGGUUCGAGAAGGCCAAGCUUGUCGGACCUGAUAUGCUGAGCGCCGUCUUAAUGCUCGACACGGUCCAAGAUCUAGGCCCCGUACGGGGUGAUUUGAGCGAUGCUAACGCUGGCCACGAAGCGCUAGCCAUACUCCCAUGGAUAGUGGAUUUUGCAACCAGCCGUCAGAAAUACGUGACUGGAUGUCACCCGCUGGUUGCACUGCACUCUAUGCUUCACUUCGAAUCGGGUAUCCAGGAACGUGGACCUGGUCUUGGCAUCCCAGACUUUGGAAAGACUACAAGCUUCGUUCAUUGGGUCACGUCACGAUACAAGGACGAAGUCUAUGACGGAGCAAGGGGCGCCGAUGCGCGGGAGCCCAGUCCAAGGACUGAGUAUUUCAAACGAUUGUUGGGGGGGCUGCCAAGAUUAGCAGAAACCAGUCUCGGGUAUGCCGGGAUAUUUCCUCUCCAUGCCAAGCCCGGUGAUGUGGUUUGUGUGAUGAACGGAUUACGUUACCCUGCCGUACUUCGAAAAGCAGAUGAGCAUUAUGCCUUUGUUGGAACAUGCUUCAUUCAAGGGUUUGAAUCUACGGAGCAGAUCCAGAAACUAGCGGAGAAGGGAGGGAAACGUGUCGAAACUAUCGUGAUUCGAUAA